UGCUGCAGGGAGGAGCAUUGAGCAUCCGUCUCACUGUAUUCAAGAAAACGGAUAUAUACAGUACUUUUUUUAUUUAUUUUUUACUUUUCAUUGCCUAUGUUCAAAACCUUUUAUAUCAUCUAUUAUAUGCACAAGGGGUUUCAACGCGGAACCUUCUAGCUAUCAUCUGUCUCAAGAAGGGCGCGGGUUUUUCAGUUGUAUAGGGAAGUCGUCUCAUUUUAUUUCCUGCGCCAAAAAAAUGCAAGACAUGGUCAGUACAAUAAAACCUCGAUGAGAGGAGCGUGAGCCAGUGGGAAGUGUGCUGCAUAACUGCCUGAGAUAAUGCUGUUGACACGCGCAGCCUGGAGCUGCUGCUGAGGGAGGAACAGACAGUCCUGUACAGUCAGGGAGAUACUCGCAGAGAGGGACCAUGUCCUACCACCACCACAGGAACCCCAGCCAGGGCAGCCACCGCACAAUGAGCGCCGAGGAGAGGAGCUCCACGCCCAUCCGCCACCACAAGACACCUACACACAAGAGCGCCUCGUCCUCCUCCUCAUCCCAGCGCGACAGCCGGCAGGAGGCAGACAGCUGGGAAAUCAUCGAGGGGCUGAAAAUCGGUCAGAGCAACGUCCAGAGGCCAGAUAAACACGAGGGCUUCAUGCUGAAGAAGCGAAAAUGGCCACUGAAAGGCUGGCACAAGCGUUUUUUUGUCCUGGACAAUGGGAUGCUGAAGUACUCCAAGUCACCAAUUGAUAUUCAGAAAGGCAAGCUGCAUGGCUGCAUUGAUGUGGGUCUCUCUGUCAUGUCCAUCAAGAAGAGAGCCCGCCGCAUUGACUUGGACACAGAGGAGCAUCUCUACCACCUUAAGAUCAAGUCUCCAGACAUCUUUGACUCCUGGGUGGUCAAGCUGCGCCACCACCGUCUCUACCGGCAGAAUGAGAUCGUCCGCUCCCCCCGAGACGCCACCAUGAGGACGUUUCCUCCCCCUGCCAGCACCGAGUCCCCCAUCCCUCACCCCCACCCAUCCCCCUCCCCCGCUGCAGGACAACAUGAAGUAAAGCAGACCAAGCCCACCAGCCUUCCACCAUGGCAGUCCCCCCCGGCCCCCAGGAGCAGAACCAGUCCCCCAACAUGGCAUCCCCCCCCUGCCCCCAGUAGCAGCACCAGCCUCCCACCGUGGCAGUCCCCCGCAGCCCCCAGUAGCAGCACCAGUCUUCCACCAUGGCAGUCCCCCGCAGCCCCCAGUACCAGGAGCAGCUUGCCUGCCUCCUACAGUAACGGGCAGAGCAAGGUGGCCGCAUGGCUCCAGGAGUCAGAGGAGAUGGACAAGUGUACAGAGGAGCUCGCCCGCUGCCAGUCCAGCCUGAUUGAGCUGAGCAAGUUACUGCAGAGCCUGGAGGGCCUACAGAGGACCCAGUCAGCGCCCAAUUUCACUGACAUGCAGGUCCCCUCUCUCCCUGUGAGUGCCAGUAUGUCGCCCACGUGCCUCCACUCCUCCAACCCCAACCUGUGCGCUGAGCAGGUGGACUUCCAGACCCCUGUCUCUCGCCAGAUUCCUGACAACAUGGAGUGUGGCGGUGACUACAUCAAACUACAGGAGGACUUCUGCCUCAUCGCUCAGAAAGUCCACUCCAUGUUGAAGUCUGCGUUCAACACAGUGGCCAUGGAGAAGGAGAAGAUCAAAUCUGUUCUCUCAGACCAGGAGCAGUCAGAGCGGCCUGCCCAGGUCAUCACCCUCAGGAAGUCUCUGUCACAGGCCCUGUCCCAAAACGCUGAGCUUAAAACCCGACUGGGCCGCAUCCACUCUGAGUCGGUCCUGUCUGAACAAACAAUCAGUGUGAACCUCAUCACUAGUCCUGAUGAGGGGGGUGAGCAGAGGGGAAUCCCUCUGACUCAACAGACGUCCAAUGAGAGCAGGCUGUCGAUGUCAGAGUCUGUGUCGGAGUUCUUCGACGCCCAGGAAGUGCUGCUGUCGGCCAGCUCGUCAGAGAACGAGGCCUCAGACGAUGAAUCAUACGUCAGCGAUGUGAGUGAUAACAUUUCAGAAGACAAUGCCAGCGUGACUGAUAAUGUCUCCAGACAAAUGCCGAACGGAGACCUGGCUGGAAGUGCCUUCCGUAACGGGCGUCGCCCGUGUCUCCCCGCCCCCUCGCCAGACUGCAGCAACAUCAACCUGUGGAACAUCCUGAGGAACAACAUAGGGAAGGACCUGUCCAAGGUGUCCAUGCCCGUGGAGCUCAACGAGCCCCUCAACACCCUUCAGCACAUGUGUGAAGAGCUGGAGUACACUGAGCUACUAGACAGGGCUGCCGAUACGGAGGACCCUUAUGAACGCAUGGCCAUUAUGGCAGCGUUCGUCAUUUCAGGAUACUCCUCCACGUACUACAGAGCGGGAAGCAAGCCAUUCAACCCUUUACUGGGAGAGACGUAUGAAUGUAUCCGUGAGGACAAGGGCAUGUGUUUUAUCGCUGAGCAGGUGAGCCACCAUCCACCCAUAUCAGCUUGUCACGCUGAUUCCAACAAGUUCACCUUCUUGCAAGACGUCAGAUGGAAAAACAAAUUCUGGGGGAAAUCAAUGGAAAUCCUUCCAAUUGGCACCGUUAAUGUUAUCCUUCCAAGCUUUGGGGACCACUAUGAAUGGAACAAGGUCACCACCUGCGUGCACAACAUCCUAAGCGGGAGAAGGUGGAUCGAACACUACGGAGAGAUCACCGUUAGAAACACCAAAAGCAGCGCCUGUAUCUGCAAACUGACCUUCGUCAAGGGAAAUUACUGGAGUUCUAAUGUGAAUGAGGUUCAAGGGUUUGUGAUGGACCAAGAGGGGAAGGUGGUGCGUCGGCUGUUCGGAAAAUGGCACGAGGGCCUUUACUGUGGAGUCCCGCCCUCUGCCAGAUGCAUCUGGAGGCCAGGCUCCAUGCCCACAGACUACGAGCUGUAUUAUGGCUUUACCAGGUUUGCCAUUGAGCUCAAUGAGCUUUGCCCUGAGAUGCAAGACCUGCUACCACCCACAGAUGCCCGCUUCAGACCCGAUCAGAGACACCUGGAGGAGGGGAAUGUGGAAAUGGCAGCCUCAGAAAAGCAGCGUAUUGAGGACAUGCAGCGCACCAGGAGGAAGUGGCAAGACGAGAACGACAUUAAGCAUGAACCACGCUUCUUCAAGAAAGUGGUUGAUGCCAAUCAAAGGGAGCGCUGGGUCACUAACAACACCUACUGGGAGCUUCGCAAAUCCCCCGGCUUCAUCAACAUGGAAAACCCUAAUCUAUGGUAGCAUAUGGAUCGCUAUGCACACCAUAUCAUCAUCGCUGACAAAGGCUUUUAUCUAUGCACAAUGAGGUUUUCAAAUGAAUAUCUCAUUGACAAAAUGACAGUGUGGAAGGAUACAAGAGCUGAGAUGAGUUGAUGACUUACCAUCGCCCUAUUCAGCCGGCCAGUCACCCAUUCAAGCAUCCUCUUGGAUCCCCCUCAUUGAGCUUGGUGCGGAGGCUGGGUUGUCAGGGCAACAAUCUUACCAUGUAGAUCUAUCCUAAGUCGUUUUGUGUUUGUCCUUGCCUUAAUGUCAUCUAUCCACACCACACAUUUUAAAGCUUUUAGUGAAACCCACUUGAGUUCUGAUAGCGGUUUGAUUUAGAUUAGUGAUGGUAAUGAAAGCGGUUUGAUUUAGAUUAGUGAUGGUAAUGAAAGCGGUUUGAUUUAGACUAGUGAUGGUAAUGAAAGCGGUUUGAUUUAGAUUAGUGAUGGUAAUGAAAGCGGUUUGAUUUAGACUAGUGAUGGUAAUGAAAGCGGUUUGAUUUAGACUAGUGAUGGUAAUGAAAGCAGUUUGAUUUAGACUAGUGAUGGUAAUGAAAGCGGUUUGAUUUAGACUAGUGAUGGUAAUGAAAGCGGUUUGAUUUAGUUUAGUGAUGGUAAUGAAAGCGGUUUGAUUUAGACUAGUGAUGGUAAUGAAAGCGGUUUGAUUUAGACUAGUGAUGGUAAUGAAAGCGGUUUGAUUUAGACUAGUGAUGGUAAUGAAAGCGGUUUGAUUUAGAUUAGUGAUGGUUCUGAAAGCGGUUUGAUUUAGACUAGUGAUGGUAAUGAAAGCGGUUUGAUUUAGACUAGUGAUGGUAAUGAAAGCGGUUUGAUUUAGUUUAGUGAUGGUAAUGAAAGCGGUUUGAUUUAGACUAGUGAUGGUAAUGAAAGCGGUUUGAUUUAGACUAGUGAUGGUAAUGAAAGCGGUUUGAUUUAGACUAGUGAUGGUAAUGAAAGCGGUUUGAUUUAGACUAGUGAUGGUUCUGAAAGCAGUUUGAUUUAGACUAGUGAUGGUAAUGAAAGCGGUUUGAUUUAGACUAGUGUUUGUUCUGAAAGCGGUUUGAUUUAGAUUAGUGAUGGUUCUGAAAGCGGUUUGAUUUAGACUAGUGAUGGUAAUGAAAGCGGUUUGAUUUAGACUAGUGAUGGUAAUGAAAGCGGUUUGAUUUAGACUAGUGAUGGUAAUGAAAGCGGUUUGAUUUAGACUAGUGUUUGGAUUAGGCCUUUGACCAACUACUAAUGUAUGUGUCAUGCAUGUUUAGAGUCCAGCUUUCAUUGGCAUAUCCUAUAUAGACUAACAUUAUUUGUUUUAAAAACAAAAAGAAAAUAAAGAAGUCUGAAGUUUUUGUAAAAUAUCUUCAACAACAUAGAAUUGAGUGAAAAUGUAACUAAUAUACAAUAUUGGAAGAUUGCUCUUAUUUCUUUUUUUAAUUAGCCAUUUGCAUUAGUUCAGUCUGAAUCAUAGCUGUAUUCUCUAUUGGGUCACACAUUCUUUGUGAAAGUUAAAGAGAUUCUCCGGUAGUUUUGUAUAGUUUUCAGCCAGUAGUUCUGAAAGUAACACUCGUGAGCCAAAAAAAAAGAGGAAAAUUGUGUACUACAUCACGUAUGUGCAGAUUUGUGCACCACAUCAUUGCUCUGUCUCUCUCUCUCUCUGCUGUGUGUGCAUCAUGUGCCUCUUGUUAGCUGUCACUCAAAUGGUUGAAGCUCAUUGGUUGAACUCGAAUUUCUAGGGGGCUGGACCACGUGGGGGGAAAUGGUGCAACUCAGCUUCCAGAAAAACAGUUACUUUCAAACUAGGGAUUGUGUGUCUAAUUGAGGUAAAACCAUAAUUCUGCUCAUAGAUUAAGCAUGUAUGAACUAUACAUUAGCCCCGUUUAUACCUGCCACUUACGUGCGUCCUUCGUCCUGAUCUUGCCAGUAUACAAUUGUAAGAUCUGAUCAAACUCAGUUCACAACGUGUCUUUUUUAUUGAUCUACAUCUGUCUAAAAAUGUGGCACAAUCAGAAUGAGGACAAGAACAGAACAAAGGGCGCAUGUUAUUAACAGGUAUAAACAUGGCUAUUGACACAUCUAGCCCAAAGCGAGAGGUUUAAAAAAUUAAAAAAUAUAUUUUUAAAAACGUAUUUGUCGGGCAAAGUUCCGGAACAUGUCUUUAAUUUGUUUUAAUCACUGGUAUUGGUGAAGGACAUUGCUGUAUGCCGAGACGUUUUCUCAGCAACUCCCAAAGACAAAACCCCUUGAGUUGAGACGUUUAUUUCCAGCUUGGCUAGUUGAGGGAGACUGGCCCAACAGCUGAUACAUAAGCACUGGAAAGUGACUUCCUUUUUCGAGCCUUCAUGCAGCACACCCCCCUUGUCACUCACCACAACUGUUUAAGCUACAGACAAUACUUCCUUGUAAUUAACUUUUACAUGUAUAGACAAUUCUGCUUUCUGUUAUUCAGCUCACACGAAAACUAUUUUUGAUAGUUUAAGAAAGAAAAAAAAGUAUGAAUAUAAUUUGAAUGUUCUUUAAUUUCCUGUAAUACAAUUGAUCUGUGUUGUUGUCUGAGUGUUAUAGUGAGAAUCCUAGCCUGCAGUAGAACUAUAAAGACAUGCCAGCACCACCCAA